ACGCGUUCAUCAUCUGCAAGGUGUUUUGUUUUGUUGUUUUCUUGCCUCACCAGCCUGAUUUUUUUUUUUUUUUUUUUUAAAUCUCUUGUCAGAUCGACUCUGAUCUUCCUCCAAGAGCAUCACGCUGCUGAGAUGCUUUCAAAAUUGGGAAACAUCAGAAUAGUUAUAGCCAUACUGUGCAUCGCUGCCGUUGGGCUGUUGUCUAGAUAUUCAUGGAAUUUAUCUACAUUUUCCCUCGGCCUGCUGAACUUAAGUGUUUGUGCCUGUAGCAAAUGUUUACCAGAGGGUGAUCCGUGGUUUAGGGAGCUCAUCAAGUCAUCUCCUCAGCCCUUGUUGUCAAAAACAUAUUCGACCCCAGAGGACGAUUUCGACUGGUGGAAGCACUUACAGGGGGAAAUGCACAACUUCACUUUCUAUAAAACAACAGUGGACAACCUGUUUCAGAUCUUCCCACCUGUUCCAGAUGUUGUAGAAUUCAGCUCUGACCGCUGCAGGACUUGUGCUGUGGUGGGGAACUCUGGUAAUUUGAAGAAAUCACACUAUGGACCUCUCAUAGAUAUGCAUGAUAUCGUAAUAAGAAUGAACCAUGGCCGCACUAAAGGCUACGAAACGGAUGUUGGCACCAAAACAACUCAUCAUGUGAUGUACCCAGAGAGUGCUAUUAGUUUGGACAACACUACUCAUCUUGUGAUGUUUCCAUUCAAGAUAAAGGAUCUACUGUGGCUCCUCAAGAAAUUCGAUUCAGGGGGAAAAAAUGCUGGGAACAGGAUAGCUAACAAGGAUUUGGUGAUGAUCCUCAAUCCAGCUUUCAUGAGAUAUGUUCAUGAAACUUGGCUGUUGAAGAAGGGCAGGUAUCCAUCCACUGGCUUUAUGACUGUGGCUCUCAGCCUGCAGAUUUGUGAUGAGGUCAGCGUUUUUGGGUUUGGAGCAGACAGUGAAGGAAACUGGAGCCAUUACUUUGAAAUCCUCACAAACAAAAGGCUGAGAACUGGACCUCACGCAGGAGCGCAUGAAUAUGAAGUUAUUCAGGAACUAUACCAGAAGAAGAAAAUCCAUUUUUUUAAAGGAUCCUAAAAUCCAUUUUUGUUUCUGUCUUUGUCAACUGCACUAACACGAACAGAACUGAGCACUGGAAAAAGUCAUUUGCAGUUGAUUUGGCCUUUCAUUAGUCAUAUUUAUUAAACAUCUAAAUGUGUUUACAUUCAAGUCAUUUUGUGAACUUCAGUUUUGGUUUCAUAGAAUCAAAUCCUAUUGUUCAAUCUGUUUUUCGUCCACCAUUUCACAUACUCCACUGUCUAACAUAUGGAAAGUAGCCAAACCAUCCAUCAUGUCUAUAAAUAGGUGCAAUAUCUGAGCCCUAUAUUAACACUCUGGUAAAAACACAAAGCAAUAAAACAUAUCAUCAUUUAUCAGUA